AUGAUGAAUCCCCAUCCAGAGUUGGAAAAUAUGCUUAUGGUUCAAAUUGUUGCAAGUGCUAUGGAUGUGUUAAAUUAUCAUUUAAGAGAUGAUAAUUCCUUUUGGAUAAAGUGUCCAAUAAAUGGGCAUUAUAAUCUUGAUUUUGACAGUUUUGAAAAGUUUUAUGAUGGGCUUAAGAAACAUAGAUUUCAAAACUCGAGAAUGGAAUCCUCAAAGUAUACAGACAUAAUUGCUUUGAAUUCGAAAUCGUUAGUGGAUCUCAUCUUAGAUGCAAAUAAGUGGGCUGAUAACUUUCCAACGAUUAUUUCAAAAGCAGAAAUUUUACGUGUACUAGAAGCUGGUUUAUUGGAAAGUCGAAGUGGCUCAUUGCAGCUGAUAUACCAGAAGAUGCAUAUUCUAUCACCAAUAAUCUCGCCAAGAGAGUAUAUUUUGCUUCAACAUUGCCAACAGAUUAAGAUAGGUAUGUGGGUGAUUGUAAACGUUUCCUAUAAUAAGUUUGAAGGUUCUGAUCGUAGUUAUUCUUCGACUUAUUAUUGGAAUCAUCCAUCUGGUUGGAUGAUUGAGGAACUACCUAAUGGAUUCUCUAAGGUAACAUGUAUAGAACAUGUAGAAGUUGAUGAUGAUUUCCAAGUUCAUCCUAUUUAUAAAAAUUCUGUGAAAAGCACAUUAGGAUUUGGUGCAAAAAGAUGGCACUUCAGAGAACAUGCGAACAUUUUUCUUAUUUGA